GAGUGAGUCUGUGGAUAUGGGUACAGACAGCGCGGUUUGAAUCAAAAAUUAAAUCUUGAUAGAUUUUAAGUUAAUUUUAAAUACUAAAUGUACUAAAUAUUCCUUUAUUUAGAAGAAGCAAACUAACAGAAACUAUUAUAUAUAUAAAAUGUUGAAGGGAAUGGUAAGUUUGGUAACUGGAGGAGCAUCGGGACUGGGAAAGGCCACGGUAGAAACAUUGGCAAAACUUGGUGGAAAAGUUGUUAUUCUUGAUAUUCAAGGAACCCGAGCAGAAAUUGUUGCCAAAUCCAUAGGUGAAAAUGUUUUAGUAUCUACUGGUUGUGUGACUUCAGAGGCAGAUGUUAAAAAAGCACUAGAUUUAGCCAAAACAAAAUUUGGACGUUUAGAUAAUUUAGUUAACUGUGCUGGUUAUUCUAUGUCUCAUCAAACAUAUAAUUUUCAUAAAGACAAAUGUGUGGAUUUGGAUCAUUUCGAAAAAUGUAUAAAUGUUAAUACUGUAGGCACAUUUAACACAAUUCGGCUAGCUGCUGGGCUAAUGGGUAAAAAUAAACCAUCAGAGAGUGGUCAACGUGGUGUUAUAGUAAACACUGCAUCAACAAUAGCCAUGGAAGGAGACAUUGGUCAGGCCGCUUAUGCAGCAUCAACAGCAGCUGUUAUAGGCAUGACAUUGCCAAUUGCUAGGGAUUUAGCAUCCCAAGGAAUUCGAGUUAUGACAAUUGCCCCAGGUAUCUUUGAAACACCGUUAGUUUCAUAUUUACCCGAAAAAAUGAUAGAGUUUAUCAAAAGAAUGACGCCAUUUCCCUCGCGCUUAGGAAAACCGGAGGAAUUUGCACAUUUGGUCACAAGUAUAAUUGAAAAUCCCAUGCUAAAUGGUGAAGUGAUACGAAUAGAUGGCGCGCAACGCUGGUUUCCGUUAUAGAUUGUAAGACUGUAAUAUGUAGUUUGUAGCGAAUCGUGAGUUAUAAUAUACUUUAUUUUAGUCUG